AUGGAACAGAAGCCUUUCGUGCUCAUUCUGGGACCGUCCGGCCAAACGGGCACUCCCGUGGUCCAAGGGCUUUUGGAGUCGGGGAACUACCGAGUUGCCGGUUUGAUCCGCCCCGAAUCCCUCACGAAACCUUCCACUGACAAGCUGCGAACUCUCGGCGUCGAGAUUCGCUCUGGUAGCCUCAAGGACAGCAUGACCGAUCUCAAGAAGCACCUCGAGGGCGUCGACAUCGUCGUCAGCUGUGUGGCCGUCCCCGCCAUCCUCGAUCAGAAAGACAUCAUCCGCGCCGCGAAAGAAGUGGGCGUGAAACGCUUCGUCCCCUGCGACUGGGGCACUCCCGGUGCGCGCGGCCUCCGCCCCAUGACGGACAUGAAAUACGAGAUCCAGGACCUGGUCGUCGAGCUCGGCCUGCCGUACACAUUCAUCGACGUCGGCUGGUGGAUGCAGAGCUUCCUCCCGCUCCCCGCGCACAGCAAGGCCACCCCGGACAGGCACGCGCUCGCGAACACCGAGUUCGCGGGCGGGGCGACGCCUCUCGCGCUCACCGACCUGCGCAACGUCGGCCGCUGGACCGCGCGCAUCCUCGCCGACCCGCGCACGCUCAACCGCGCGGUGAUCGUCUGGGAGGACGAGCGCACGCAGAAAGACGCCUUCGAGAUCGGAGAGCGGGAGAGCGGGCAAGCUGGAGACCUGGCCGCGAAGCGCGCGCAUGUCUCCGCCGAGGAGGUCGAGGCGCGGUACACCGCCGCGAAAGCGGCUACAGAGGCGGACCCGACGGCCUUCGAGGCCAUCUACCCAUACUGGUACAUGGCCUAUGUAAAGAGCCUGUUCGCUCUUGGCGAGAACUCGCUCGCGAGCGCGAAGAAGCUUGGGUACCUGGACGCGCACGAGCUGUACCCUGACAUGCCGCAGCCGAAGCUCGAGCGGUUUGCGGAGUGGUUCUACUCUCUGGAGGAUCCGGCGUUCCCCCCUCUCUAG